ACUUCCCUUUUAGUGUAGCACAGAGCCACUGAAUGCUGAACAGUCAGUGAAUUCCUUGUUCCAAGAUCGCCUAUUAGAGUAGUCUCUGACUUGAAAGUUGCUGGGGCCAUCAGAGCCUGACUGAAUUACUAAACCGCAAGGCAAGCAUUAGAUGAUCCCAACGCGCUGUGGGUACCUAGACCUGGGAUGGCUCCAGAUGUCAGCUGCAUCUUUUUGGCGGUGCUGCUUUCAGCCAGCUGUGAAGUUAUCACCUCUGCAGAUCAGAUGUGCAUCGAGAAAGAAGCCAACAAAACAUAUAACUGUGAAAAUUUAGGUCUCAGUGAAAUUCCUGACACUCUACCAAACACAACAGAAUUUUUGGAAUUCGGCUUUAAUUUCUUACCUACAAUUCAAGAUAUAACCUUCAGCAGACUCAUAAAUCUUACCUUUUUGGAUUUAACCAGGUGCCAAAUUAACUGGAUCCAUGAAAAUGCUUUUCAGAGCCAUCCUCAGUUGAGCACACUUGUGUUAACUGGAAACCCUCUCAUAUUUGUGGCAGAAACAGCACUUAAUGGGCCCGAGUCCCUGAAGCACCUGUUCUUAAUCCAAACAGGAAUAUCCAGUCUGGAGUUUAUCCCAGCAUACAAUCUGAAAAACCUGGAAAGUUUGCAUCUUGGAAGCAACUAUAUUUCCUCAGUUAAAUUCCCCAAAGACUUCCCAACAGGGAAUCUAAAAGUCUUGGAUUUUCAGAAUAAUGCCAUACACUACCUUUCUAGAGAAGAUAUGGACUCUCUGAGACCAGCUACUUACCUAAACCUUAACUUCAAUGGCAAUGACAUAAAAGGCAUCGAGCCUGGGGCUUUCAAGUCAAUGGCCUUCCAAAGUUUGAAUUUUGGAGGAACUGUUGACUUGUCUGUUAUAUUCGGUGGUCUGCAUAAUUCUACUAUUCAGUCUCUCUGGCUGGGGACCUAUGAGGACAUUGAGAGCCACCAUUUGAAUUCAGCCAUGUUUACGGAGCUUUGUGAAAUGUCGGUGGAGAGCAUGAACCUGCAGUUGCAUUAUUUCUCUAACCUCUCCUCGACCACAUUUCGGUGUUUCACUCACCUCCAGGAACUGGACCUGACAGCUUGCCACCUGAAAGAAUUACCAUCUGGGAUUAAAGGUAUGACUUCACUGAAGAAAUUAAUUCUCAGUGUAAAUAAAUUUACCCAAUUAUGUCAGAUCAAUGCUGCUAGUUUCCCCUCCCUUACACACCUCUACAUCAAAGGUAACACAAACAAACUUGAACUUGGUGCUGGCUGUUUAGAAAAAUUAGAAAAUCUGCAGAAACUCGACUUAAGCCAUAAUGGCAUUGAUGCUUCUGAUUGCUGCAAUCUGCAACUCAAAACUCUGCCCCAAUUGCAAAGCCUAAACCUGAGCUACAAUCAGCCCCUUGGUCUCCAGAAUGAAGCAUUCAAAGUAUGUCCUCGGCUGGAACUCCUGGAUUUGGCAUUCACUCGCUUACACGUUAUUGCGGAGCAAAGUCCUUUCCAAAACCUUGAUCUCUUGCAGGUUCUGAAUCUCUCUCACUGCUUGCUUGAUGCCAGCAACGAGCAUCUUCUAGCAGGCCUGCCUAAUCUCCGGCAUCUGAAUUUACAGGGGAAUCACUUUAAGGAUGGGAAUAUCCCGAAGAUCAACCUUUUUCAGAUGGUGGGCAGUUUGGAGAUUCUGGUUUUAUCCUCCUGUGAUCUUUCUUCCAUAGACCCGGAAGCCUUCCACAGCCUUGGAAAUAUGACUUAUAUAGACUUAAGCCACAACAACCUGACAUCCAGUAGCAUCAAUGCUCUAAACCAAUUUAAGGGCACCUACCUCAACUUGGCUGCCAAUAGCAUUCGCAUUAUCCCACCCCAGGUCCUCCCCAUCUUAUCUCAGCAGAAAGUCAUUAAUUUAAGUCACAACCCCCUGGAUUGCACUUGCUCAAAUAUUCAUUUUUUAACAUGGUACAAAGAAAAUGUGCAGAAACUCAAGGACUUUGUGGAGAUCAGGUGUGCAACUCCUCCAUCACUACAGGGAGUUCAGCUAUCUGAUGUCACACUGUCCUGUGGCAUUACAGCUGUGGGAAUCUUCUUUCUGAUCAUAUUUUUGUUCUUAUCAGCCGCUCUUCUCAUCUAUGCAGUUAAAUUCUUUCUCAGGUGGAAAUAUCAACACAUUUAGUGCUGAAGGCUUCAGGGGAGACAAAUGAAUGUGUUUAGCAAAGUUAUUCUUAGUGGAGUUGCAGUCAUCUGUUGGUGACCAGACUUUUCAGAUUGGUGUCUGCUGCUGGGCUGGGACUAAGUGUGCUUUUGUGAUCUUCUUCCCCUUGCAAACCUCCCAUGGAAGGUAAACUGACUCAGACCAAAACUAAGAUGCUGUUGUGAGAGACAGAGUUAUUUCCUUGUGUAGAAGGUAGGGGGGAGAUGAGGGAGAAGUUACCCACCAGGAGGCCAUCUGCCCUCCUCUCUCUAACAUCCCUCCUAACACUUCCACCCUGUCCCUGGAAGAAGAUCUCCAGGGCUUCCCACUUGGCAGUGUUAGGGUCAGCCUUAUCUCACCAGCAGUUUCCACACUGUGCUUUAGUCUCAGUUCUCACCAAUCUAUCCAUUCUGAAAAAGCAGUGCAGGACAAAGUCUCCAUGCGUAUUCUAAAUGGAAACAGGAAAACACAAUGAAUUUGAAAAAAAGACAGAAAUGAAUACUGCUGUCAAAUAAACUCUGUUAACUUCGUUAACAGAGUUAACGAAGGGGGGGUUUCUAAGGUCUCUGUAAUGCCUCUAGCAUGUAAAUAACUACAAAAAAGACCACCUAGACGUCAUCAAGGUUUAGGAUUUCAUUGGCCUCACUCCACAGCCUGGGAGGCUCCCAGCUCCCUAUGGGGCUGGCUGUUAGGUUGAAGAUCCAAUGUAUAACUUGUCUGUGCUCCAAAAUGCUCGUAUCUGGUCCUUACAAGCUGCUUUCCCACAGGACCUAGGACAUCCAUGGUGGUUUGGUUCCCAGGGUGGCCCUCAAAACCUGUUUAACUUGGAGGGUGUUGGAGAGAGCAUAUUCACAAUGGAAACCAGUGGAAGAAGCCAUCUCUGCAUAGACAUUGUUGGGAACAAAGAAUGCCAGUUUACUGAGAAGUUGCUUUUGGUUGAUGCUGAAGAUGUCAGCAAUGGUUGUGCCAGUGGUAGACAGGAGACAACAGCAGUGGAUGCUAAUAGACAUCAGGACAGGGAAACGGGUAAUGUUAUAAUGUAGCCCUUCCCAAGGCCCAAGGAGCUCUCUCCUGCAGGACUGGAUCUUCUCAAGUCUGGAGUGAAGCAUGAUUGCUGGGAAUUCCUGUACUUAAUUGCCAUGUGAACAGUCACCCUCCUCCUCUGUGUCCAUGGAUUCAAGCUACUGUGGAUAGACAAUAUUCAGAAAAAAUUCCAUAUGUAUUGAAUAUAUAUGGACUCUUUUCACAUCAUUUCUUAAACAGUACAGAGCAUUUGUAUUAUUUUGGGCAUUAUAGGAAAUCUGUGGAUGAUUUAAAGUAUACAUAAAGAUGUACAGGUUACAUGAAAAUAUUAUGUCAUUUUAUAUAAGGGACUUGAGCUUUUAAAGACUUUGGUAUCCAUAAAGAAUUGUGGAAGUAACUCCCCUCUGGAAACCAAGGGAUGAUUGCAUAGGCCUGGAUUAAAUGCUACAACUAAUUUUAGGUUAGAGAUGCUAAUUUGUAGUUCUGAAAUUCUGAUUUGAUAUCAAUGUAAAAAUUGAUCAGAUUUACUACAAGUCAGCAUUUAUUAGUCCUUAGGUGGGAACAGUAUAACAGAGUGGAAAUGUGCAAACCAACCCUCUUAGUCUGUUUUUGCACUCUUAGGAAAAUCAGUACAGUCUGAGCAUCAGCCAUGGUGAGACUCUUGUUUGCUUUGGAUUUCAGUCCUUUGCACUUGCUUUCUGCUUGGCUGGAAGGCUCUGCAGUCACUCUCCAAAGGAGAGUCCAGCACUCAUGUUCCCUCCCUGAGGAGAGCUCUUCCGUCACCUAGCCAGCCCAAACCAAAUUAUGCUAUACUUAGCAUGCUUUCUAGCACCUUCAUUGUCUUUAUGUGCUUAUCAGUGUGUGGAAUUAUCUUCCUCCUUUGCUUCAAUUUGUCUUGCCCCGUCUUUCCCAAAUGUAAGCUUUGUGACCAGGUCUUGGCCCAGGGGUGUCCUAGAACAUGCCUACAAUAAAGUAAGGACUUGGUAAGUCUUUAAUGGUUGGUUGCUGUGCUGGCAUUUUGCCUUGCCUCUGAUCCCUGAGCCCUUAUCAGCACCUCCUUCUGCCCCUCCUAGCCCUAGCUUCAAUCCACAUUGCCAGUGUCUCCGGACUUCUCACACAUUUCUUAUCAGAAUUAUCAGGACAUUUCACCAAAAGUGAAUUCUUAUGCUGGGAUUGUGUUGGAUGAAAGUUGGCUCUGAUUCUUAGUCUACGGAUUGAUUUGAUGUAAAAACCCCAUAUUACUCUUAAUGGUAAAUUUAUUGCUUCUACGUUUCUCAUUUCAGAAUGUAGAAGUCCACACUGUACAACCCCAGUCUUAUCCAACACCAGCCCAUUUCAUGCCUUCUGAAUUUCAUUUGUAGGCUUCAGAUGGGAAAUACUGAUUGCUAACCCACCACUCUAUAGCCCCACUGUCCUUCAUAAUGUUUAAUAUGUAACUUGAAAAUUCAAAAGCAUUCUGUAGAAAAUAUCUGAAGCAGACUGGUUUACACUAAAGACUACCAGGGCCCAAACCUUAGCAAGACAUACAGCAUGCUCAUCUAGCUUUUGUCUAUCAGACGUGCUCUUUCCAUAGGAAGCAACUUGCUGCUUUGUAACUGCACGCUGAUCUAAGGCUUUGUGACAGCUCCUCUGUUUUAAGCAACAGUAAAUUUACCCCCCCCCCAAAGUCAGAAAGGGAGCUUUUUGAUGGCUGCUGUCAAUUUUAUUGCCUUAUCUGGUUACUAGGAUAGACUCUGUAGACAUGGUGUGUUUAUUAGUUUUAUGUAUCGCAUGUUUUUGCUGCUCUGACAAGCUACUCCUAUAAAAAUGUGUUAUUAUUGCAUGAUGUAGCUCAGUGAGCUGACCCUGCAUUUCAAAGUGUACUGAGGCAAAUAGCUUUGAAGUCCAUAAAAGCUGACGGACCUCCAUCACAAAGGACUUUGUAUGUGGACUGCAACUCUUAGUCAGAAAGAAUUAUACCUUUCUCUGGCCAGCCAAAUGCAGCGGAAUCCCAAACACAGGCAUUACCUGAAAAAUGCCAAUACAGAACACUCACAUUAUUCAUACUUGUCCAACUCUUUGAUGAGUAUUGAUUAUGGAAUAACUGACUUUUUAAUGCUUUCUCAUACUAGUAUAGGACAUAAGAGGAAAAACUGAUAUUUUUUUCUAUGUGCUCCUAAUACUGAAGAGAUACAUACUGCCAAUUCCAGGAAGAGAGGAUGUGAGAAACUCCAAGCAAGCCAGGACUGGGAGUCAGCUGUCUGAUACAUUGAGUUUGCUAGUUUUUUUUUGUUUGUUUGUUUUCUUAGUAAAUUACUUAACUUCAAUCUUUGAUUGUUCACCUUAUAGCUUCCUGACAUUUUGCUAUGAACAUAUGCAUUGUUUGUUCGGGUUUUUAUCAGUAACUAAGGGAUAUGUAAUAGAAGUAUAAAAAAUGAAAGCAAAUGGAUAUGGGCACAAAUGUUUUUCAAGUGUGAAAGUCUCACGUAGCAAGAGUUUGCCUGAAGGUCUUGGAGGAGUGGGGUAGCUCAGUGUGUGUCCCAAACUCAGCUGAACACCAUAAUAAUCUGGAGAAUUCCUGACAAAGCAGGUACCUGUGUCCCACCCCUAGAGAUGGGAAUUCUAGUAGACUGGGGUUGGCCCUGGUCUCCCAGCCAGUUGAUCUCCUAUAAACUCCUUCCCUAACCUUAAUUUUGUAGCAGAAGAAUGAGGAGUUCGGGGCUGGGGAUUUAGCUCAGCGGCAUAAGCACCUGCCUUGCAAGCAGGCAGUCGUGAGUUCGAUCCCUGGUACCGAUAAAAAUGAAAAAAAGACCGGAAAAAAAAAAAAAAAAAAAAAAAAAAAAAAGAAUGAGGAGUUCUGUGAAUCCAAUGAGCUCAGUAUCUUCUCCAUACUCCACAGAGGAAACGUCUUAACAAAAACAGGACAAAAGUGUUGAGGAGUCUUCAAAUCCAGGGAUGACACAUGCCAAGCAGACUGGAAGUCUCCUGGUCAGCCGCCAGGCUACAGGGCCACUCUCAGAACCCUCAUUCCCACCUACCCUGCUCAAUGCCCUGCUUACACGCACCAUAUACUAGCUCUUUGCAGCUUAAGUUAUUCAGUGAUUACUAGGGGAUGUUAAGAGGGAAGAAUCCAUGGUUUAUAUUUUAAAACUGUCAUUUCUCAUGAAAGUUUAAGCAGUGACAUUUAUUGAACACCCUCUCCCUUCCUCCUCACAUUGAGGUACUGUCCCAUGAGUUCUUGGCUGUUCAAGAUGUGGUACUUCAGCCUGCAAAGGUAAGCAGAAGACAAAUGACCACCAUGGUGCCUAUCCACCUCUAUCUCUGUUCAUGUUGGUUCAUGGGCUUUCUAAUAAAUAGCUUGGAGCUCUCCUUUCCUCUUUCUGCCUUAGACCGAGCCUAAUUAUGCAGAAAUAUGUAAGAGCUUAAAUAAAUUAGGGGAUGCUUUUAGGUGGAAAACAUUAAUACUAUAAGCAUGUCAGUUUAAUGAUCAGAAAAAUAUAUAGUAAAAUGAGAAGAACUUUAUUAUACUGAUAAAGAAACAGCUGGAUAAUAGCUAGGUGGGAUGUAGGGUUAAGGAAAUCGUGUGAUCUGCUUAUGGAAGUGUAGACUGCUAUAGCCCCUCCAUAGCUGGCUAUCACUAGUCAAAUGUGUGGCUUACAAAUUUGGCUCUGGAGUGAUAUGGAAAGAAAGUUUCACAUGUCUGCAAAAAUUUCAUUGCAACAUUAUUUGUAGGUGCGAAAGUCCACAGCAGUUUCAGGGGUCAUCCUUAAGAAAAAUUUUGAUCUGCGCUGUUUCGUUGUUAUGCCCUCUUUUAUCUCAAUCUCCACUCCAUUAUUUAUUUUUUUAUCUUUAUCCUUUUAAUUAAAGGAAAAAAAUAGCAGGAUAUAUUAUAGUAACCCACUUUGACUUUUCAUUACCUUGAUUUAAAGCCCUGUAUUACUCUCACCAUCUGGUUUUUAACUGAUGUUCCCCUAUUCUGUUUUGCUGGAUAGUAUCAGGUUCGAAAGUUUAGGCAUCAGCUGUGAAGAUAAUGAGAUUCAUUAUGACGCCCAUUCUUGUUGACUUUUAUCUACUUUUGAAGACCUACAAUGUCUCCAAUGUUUUGGUUUUGUCGGUUUUAUUCUUUACUGUUUUGUUCAAUUGUAUUAUAACUAACGAUAUAGGCAAUUCUAUUAGAGAUAGCGGGAGGCAUUAUGGUAACCAUUGUUGAUUACCUUGUAUUAUGUUUUUACAUUUUCUAUUAUGUCCACCCUUUUGACUUGACCGAUUCUGUUCUGUUAUGUCACAUUUGGUUUUAUUCUCUUCCAAAAAAGUAAUAAGAACCGUGGGAGCAAUGAAACCCAAAAUGUGUAAUAGUCAUGGUACAAAAGAGAGGAAAAGAAAGUGAUCCAAACUAUAUAACUGCAUGUAUAUUUAAGUGUAUAAGAUAGAAAA